GGGGCAGGAAGUCUCAGAGGCUGGAGAGCAGAGGAGCAAGAUCAUUCUGGCAGGAACAGCAAGUAGGAAGUUCUGGCUGAGAGCUCCCCAGCAGAGAGCUGGCCCACCAACCACCACUUGCAGGACUCGGCUACAAGAACAGCACCACCAGCAUCAUGCUGUUCCAGCCCAAGACCAAAGGAGACUUUGACUCCUUUACUCCAAAUGGCAUCAUCAUCCUCAAAAGAGAAAAACCCAAGCACAGCUACCAAAAGGAAGAUAACCCACAGAACAGUCUGAAGGAAGAAGCUACAGUCCUUGGAGUUAUCCAGAUCCUGUGUUGCCUGUUGAUUUCAAGUUUGGGGGCCAUUUUGGUUUCUGCUCCCUACUCUUCCCACUUCAAGCCAACAGUUUCCACCAUUUUGAUGUCUGGGUAUCCAUUUGUAGGAGCACCAUGUUUUGCCAUUACUGGAUCCCUCUCAAUUAUUUCUGGGAAAAAAGCAACUAAGACCUUUGCCGUGAGCAGCCUGACCUCAAGUGCAGUGAGUUCUCUCACUGCUGGAGCAGGCCUCUUCCUCCUUGCUGAUGGUCUGGCAGCCCUAGAGACUGCUUCUCGACGGUGUGACUCAGAAAGGGAGUAUCUAUCCACACUGCCUUAUUCGAUGUACUAUUAUUCGAUAUAUGAAUUCAAGGGCUGUCUUCUGGAUAGCGUCAGUCUAACAGGGGUGCUGGUGGUGAUGUUGGUCUUCACUGUGCUGGAGCUCUCACUGGCUGCAUAUGCUUCCAUCCUUUGGUGGAAAGAGGUGUACUCCAGCAACCCUGGGAGCACAUCUUCCUUGCCAAGGUCAUAUUCAGCAUGUCAAAAAGCUCUUCAAGGUCAUGUAUGAAAGUAACGCUUCAGAAA